AUGUCAAGUGGUUCAGGUAGUGCGCCGGAGGAGGUUGAUGAGUGGCGGGAUGCAGCUGUCGAUUCACCAAUCUCAGCAGCUGACAUGCUAUCAAAAGCAGCAAAACAAAAGCGAAGACAGACGACAGGAAGAUCAAGCGGGAACCACUUUGCGAGGCCAUCAGGUGAAUUUACACCUACUAAGAGCACAAAGCGAUUAUUCCCAGAUACGCCAGAGGUACGAAAGCUAGGACUGACGCCUUCAUCACGCAACCAUUCGCAAAGGAAGUUGAAGAAGGCAAAAAAUUCGCAAGCAGAUAAAGAAGAUGAUGAUGCGGGAAUAGAUGAUACAACAGAUGCGUACCGAGACCGUUCCAACGUGCCAGUUGCAUCAACCCCAUAUGCAGCUCAAAGGAAGCAGCCAAUUUCCAAUCGAGCCUCUAUCGUAAGCGAAAAAGGUGGCCCUUCUAGAAGGGGGUCAGCGGGAAGCGUUCUGCGGAAUAGCCAAAUGCAGGAACCAUCAUCAUCGCAAUUCUUUCACAGUAGCUCAAGUGGUCAAAAGCGUGAUAAGCCCGGCUGGCUUGCUGGAUGGGGUACAGGCAGAGAAGAAUCACCAAUGGACAUCUUACGCAGAUUUGCAGCCGCACCGGGAUCUCUUCUAUCCACUCCAAGCAGCGUCCUUGAGCAAAUACGGGGGGACAAACAAUCUGAAACACGACAGAUGAACGAUCUGCCGGCUAGCGAUGGGAGGCAGCAACCGGCAGAAUCAAGCUCGAUGGGACCUACCCCCUCGAACUCAUCACGAAGGCAACGACCAUCAACGAAUUUGCAACAGCGGCAUAGUAUGGCAAACACAAGUGCUGCAAUCUCUGAAUUGGGACAAGGGAGGAGGCUAGAUCCUCGUCAAAGCCGUCUCUCAACAAAUUUGUUUGCCAAUUUUGGCAGCCCAGAUAGCGAUUUUAACGACAACACCAUCCCAGGAAAAUCUUUUGCGACGCAUUUACCCGACUUUGAAGACAGAGAGUCGGAACUGCAACGUAUCUUGGCGGAAAGGAUAGCUGCAGAAGGAUUCGCUCUCCCGCAUCCAUCAAAUCGGACCAGACAAUCUUUGAAUAUGUUCAACGAUCUUCUUCAGGAAGAGGAUGAAUCUUCGGCGUUUGGCGACAAGACUGCAACUCCUGCACCGAAUGACUUUGACCAAGGUGGAAUGCAGUAUGAAGACAUCCCUGACGAAGAGGAGGAGAUUCCAUUGCCUAGACAGCAAGGUUCUGAAAGUGUGGCAAAUGAUGAUCCAGAAUCCGAGCGGGAAGAGGAAUUGCCGAUGCGCAUCCCGCGUGGGGGGUAUGAGGAAUUGUCCGAUCUCGCAAGCGAUAGCGAUAGUCGAGAAUCUCUGAGCUCUUCGAAUGAAGAAGAUAAUGGUACCGCUUCUUCGAACCAAGCAGAUAAUGAUAUUAGCGAAACAUACGGAAAGAGCAGAGGCAAAUCAAAGGCUGUCAAUCGAUCUUCACUUCUCAAGAAACGGUCUGUCAGGACGAAAAAAAAGGUGAGAAUUUCAAGAUUGACAAAUGGACCAGUGAAAUCUAUACCUUCAAAUUUGGUCAAAAAGCUUUUUCGAAAGAUGGUCAUGCCAAAUGUCAGCGUCGGUAUCAUUCCUGGACCUAGUAGGCCAAACUCAAGAGUGAAACACAAGAAAGUUGCUUUGGACAAAGAAGUUCUUGAAGCUGUUGAAGAUAUCACGCAUGAAUUCUUUGAAUCUCUUGCAGACACUUUGAGCGAAUACAACGAUGAUUCUAGUCGAGUCAUCACUGCUAAAGAUAUGGUAUACUUUAUGAAAGAUCAAGGCAUUUUGGAUUCACAAACAAAUCUCGUUUCACUUGCCAGAAAAAUGUUACCACGUGAAUUGAGCGAUCAACUUGCUCCUGGUCUUGACAAAGAAGCAGAUGAAGAUGCUGAUGGCGGGAAAUACGGUAUGGGAAACAUUUCUGCUGCAGUAUUCAAUCAGGAAGAUUUUUCUUCAUCUGUUUCAAGCUUUUCCCGAUCUGGUUCAGAGGAACCAGAAAGUGGGAUAGAGUUAUUGGCAUACCGACAAGCCACUGCGCAGGGAGAAAAUAGUGAUUCGUCCAGUCUUUUAUCGCAAGAAUAA